AUGGAAGUUACAUUGCGCAAAACAAACUCAUCUUCAGGUUCAUUGCUACAUGAAUUGAAAAAUGUGCCCGAUUGCAUUCAUUGUGGUGCAAGAGGAUUUGAAAAAUGUGUCCGAUUGCAUUCAUUGUGGUGCAACACAUCUUUCUCCAAAAUUGAUGAGAGUGCAAUAUGCAAAAAAUGCAAUGAAGAAGUUCUUGAGACGUCGCCCAGAUACAGAAUCACAAUAAAUGUUAUACAAGGCGACUGCAAUGCACGUAUUACACUAUUCGGUCAAGUGGCAGAGGUAUAUGUAGGAUGCUCUGUGGAUGAAUAUCUUUCUUCAAUCAAAGAGGGUGAAACAGAAUCCACAUACUAUAGACGACUAAGCACACAAGCGUACACAGAAAUGCGCUUCAUGACGAUGCUCAAGUCUAUAAAAUUUGAUCAACGAGGAAAUCUCAAUAUCGUAGCAAAUGCAAUCGAAAAAAUGGAACCAAUGGAAAGCAUCGAUGUUGGAGAUAUUGAAGAAGAGCCGACUGAAAUGGAGGAAAAGAAACAUUCACCCGAGAAAUCAAAAAAGAAAAUUCCGUCUAGAAAGAAAAAAUCUACGAUGGAGUUGCAGCCUGUUCGCUAA